UGAAGGAUGCAAUAAGUUACUAUCAGGGUUAAAGUAGCGCAGUAGAAAAUAUAAAGCAGUGCUGUAGUUGAAUCCCUCCAGAGAAGAUAUAUGCUAUGAAGGAAUAUGAGAAGGACUUCUGCAAAAUAUCUGGCAAGUUUUAUCCACCCUAGUGAGACACUAACAUGCAACAAAAUGGAAUAUGAGAUGGAGUUGGUUCUUUACAAUACCUGGCAAGUUUUAUCAACCCCAAUGAGACACUACCAUGCAAGAAAAUGGCAAGUUAUGCCAUCUGAUCGAGUUGAAGAGGCAAGGAGCUCCGAACAAUAUUGAAAUUUGUCAAUUGAUCUACUUCUACACAGAGUAUGGCAUAAUCAAUGGCCCAUUAGGACAAUGUCCCCAAAUGUUUACUCUAUGUUUACUACAUAGAUCAGAGUGUUUCAAUAUAAUAAGACAAUAACAUGACAUGAAAAUAACAUAGUCCAUAAUUAAGUUUUCAUAUGUAUAACUUAAAUUCUUUAGGGUCUGCUUUUGUCUCUUAGAGACAUUAUAUUUUAAUUGCUGCACAUUUAGGGUAUAUUAUUGUAUUUCUAAAAAUGUUGUCAAGUGAUUUUUGUUUAAAAACACCCACUAAAUCAUCAAAUAGUAAAAAUGCAGUCAGAAAAAGUCCACGACUAAUAAGAGAACAGCAUGUUAGAAAUAGCCCAGGAGUCGUCACAAAAACUGUUGAAGAAGAAAAUACUAGCCCAGAAAGUCCAAAAAGAAAAAUUCCGAGAAACGAAACCCAAUUAAGAAAGAGUCCCAGAAUCCAAAGAAAAUAUGCAGAAGAAAAAAGUCCUCUGAGAAAAAGCCCCAGAAUAAUUAAAAAAAGUUUGGAAAGUGAAAAUAGUCCAGAAACACCUUCAAGAAAAAGCCCUAGAGUAUCAAGAACAACAGAUCAUCCACAGCAACUAAGAAGAUCUCCAAGAAAAAGGACACCAAGCAAGAGGGCAACAGCUAAGCGGAGGGUAUCAUUAGAAGAAUUGGGUUUGACAGGAAAAAGACGUAACAGUUUAGUCCAUGAAGGCGAAUGUACAAAAUGCUCAUUAUGCAGAAAAGAAGAACAGGAGAUGUAUCAUAUUAAAAACUGGACUGCUGUCUUCCAUAUGUGGAAUGAUGCGAACUCGAGGUACCAAAUGAAUGACUGUUAUUGUUCACAUUGUAUUGGUAUUAUAAGAAAGCAAUUUAGGGAAAGAAAAUCCCAACAAAGAAUCGAAAAGACAAAAGAAGUAAAACGAUGUGUUAUAUGUGAUCAGGAAAACACAAUACAGUUUGAAGUAAAGGAUCACAAUCAAUUUACAGAAUGCUUCAGUCGAAAAUCUCCAGCAGAACAGGUAUUUCUCUGUAAAAGACACUAUCAAAAGAUUAAGAAUUUUGCAAAUAGGAAACUGUGUCCAGUAUGUCAGAUGGUUCUGAGGGUAGGUAUCCCAAGGAAAAAAUGCCCCGUUGAUACCGAUAUCGCAACUACCUUUAUUUCAUCCUCCAUGGGAAAGUUUGUGACACUUAGUCCUGAUGAUUUGAUGUGUAAGGCAUGCCACGACAAAAUACUAAAAGGUACACCUAAUGAAAUAUUGUUAAGGAAUAUCCAAAACCUGAAGCAAUCAACUGUAGAACAUGACCCCAAAUAUGCAUUAUACUGCACAGCAAGCAAAAUGGCAACCAUCUUUCAGAACAAGAGAGCAUGUUUACUAAUUGAUAUGCUGGAUGUCUACCAUGCAUCAUUGCCAGAUGAUAGUAUGGCAAGAUCUACAUCUGUAUGGCUGUUGUCAGAACUGAUGAACAUUUUUGGGGAUGGACUAAAGUCUGCAAGAAUGCAUGCAAGUCAAUGUAGCAAGCUAUUGUUCUUUAAUGAAAUAUCAUGUGAAGCUCUCCAUGAAGCUCUCUACAACAUAAGGCAACUGCAGACCCAGAGCAGGGAGUUGAAGGAGGAAAUCUCAAUACUACGGAAAAGAAUAUCAUCAUCUAAUGAUUCUAAAGAAAUCACACCCAGAACAAUUGUUGAUGUAUUAACACAUGUCAAUAAGCACUUAAAGUCUGCAUCGAAACAUAUUGAAGCAGUGUAUGUCAAUGAUCCAUCUCAAAUCACUGAACUAAACAUGGAUAUGAUAUUGAGGCACAUACCGUGCAAUGUUUUUAACUUCAUCAAAAUGUUAACAAUGAAUGGACCAGAGAAAGAAUGCCUACCUGAUACCAUCCAUGUUGACCUUGAUACACCAAUAGAAUUCGAGGCAGGAGCAGUGGCUAGCCGAAAAGCAAAACGUGUAUUUAUAACAAGCACAGUCAUGAACAUCAUCAACAGUAGGUGCACCUAUCCACUUCCCAUUGUCGUUGCAGAAACUGUGAAGAAAAUAAGUGGAUCUCAACAACUUGUAUCCAUCUUGAAUAAGAUGGGAUUUUGUUCAUCUGAAGAUUCCAGACUUGCCUUUGAACAGUAUAGCAAGGAGAGAAAGCAAUCAACUCCAAUAGGAAAACAAUUAGAUGAAAACUUACUAACAGUGAUUACUCUCGACAAUCUAGAUGCUCUUAGUCCAUGGGCUAUGGUUACCUCUGGAGUUGACAGAAGUGGUUGGCAUGGUACAACAAUUUGUGCUUUGCAGCCAAGGUUUUCUGAUAAUCUAUGUGAAGGUGACCGUGCUAUCAGCAUGGAAAACAAUGGUUUGAAUACACUGAUAGAUGAUGAAGAAGAUGAUCCAGAUACAUAUUCAAAAGUACAGGUUUAUGGAGACGGUAGAUGUCUAUUCAGAAGCAUAGCCA